UCACCACCUACAUCACCAACACAAGCCCCGCCCUCGAUACGAGCUUCACAAACAUCUUCGUGGAUUAUUGACAGACGCUGCGAAGCCUCGACACAGAAGGACACAUCACUAACAGGAGAAGCUUACUGUGCUCUGUGGAGAAAGGCCUCAAAGUGAUGACUUUUAUAGAAUGAGCUACAUAAAGAAAUGAGGGGAAAAGGCGGAAUUCCCCUCACAGACAGAAUGAAAGCAGAGCAAGAGGAGGAACUUUCUCCUUUCAUGGAAAACGAGCGACGACACAAACUACUGUAUGCUGCUUUUAACCCUGAAGUCCGACUGAACAGAUUAGUACAAUGUUCCAGCAACUGUUGGUUAAAGAAGAUUUCCCCCCUGAGUGGAGCCCCAGCCUGGACCAGAAGGACCCAGAGCUCCUCCAGAUUAAAGGGGAACAGGAAGAACUCCGGAUCAGUCCAGAGGGAGAGCAGCAUAAUGGUCUGGAGGAGGCCGAUAUCACCAGGUUUCCAUCCACUGUGGUUCAUGUGAAGUGUGAAGACGAAGAAGAGAAAUGUGAGUGUUCACUGCUUCAUCACAGCCAAGCGGAGGACAACAGAGAGGCAGAGCAUCCAGCCGGCAGCUCAGCUGUGCAGAUAAAACCAGAAACUGAUGGAGAAGACUGUGGAGGAUCAGGACCAGCCAGGAAGAGAGAGCCAGACAGUCAUUCACAACCAAACACUGAUGAUGAAAAGACUUCAGUCUCCCCUGAGACUGAAAUCCAUUACGGUGACUGGCAAGACCCUUUGUCAGAUUCUGAACCUGAAGACAGUGAUGAUGACUGGAUAGAGACCAGGUCAUCUGGGUCUGCUGUCAAUGCUCUGAAAUAUGAGGAAGCUCCUGGAAGUGAUGUGACAUCUAACACUGCAAAAAAGUCCUUUAGCCUCACCAGCAGCUUGGAUAGUAAAAAAUGUUUUAUAGUAAAUCAAAAGUCAAACACCAAGACCAGAAUCCACUCAGGAGAGAAACCAUUAGGUUGUGAUGAAUGUGGGAAAAGAUUCACAAAGCGGGGACAUCUGAAGGCACACAUGAGAAUUCACAAUGGAGAGAAACCCUUUGGUUGUGAUAAUUGUGGCAAAAGUUUUACAGAACAGGGCCAUCUGAGUAGACACAUGAGAGUUCACACAGGAGAGAAAAGAUUUGGUUGUAGUGUAUGUGGAAAAAGAGUUGCACGGCAGGACAAUUUGAAUCUACACAUGAGAGUUCACACAGGAGUUAAACCAUUUAGUUGUGAGUUAUGUGGAAAAAGAUUUACACAGCAGGGACAUCUGAAGCAACAUAUGAGAGUUCACAUUGGAGAGAAACAAUUUGGUUGUGAUGUUUGUGGGAAAACAUUUAAGUGGAAAACAAAUUUUAAUCGACACCUGAAAGUUCACAAAGAAUAGAAACCUUUCUAUUCAGUUUUUUUGUUGAAGCCAAAUGAAAUAAAUGUGUUUGUAAGAACCUGAGCAGGUUUCAUUCUUUUUUAUUGAUCCAUGUUCUUUUUUUCUCUUGUUUGUUUUAAAAUAUACAAAAUGUUUCAAAUGAAUUGUCAAAGGUGUUUGUUGUGUAACUCUUCAUGUGAGAGGAACACCCUGCAGAGAGCAGCAUGUUACUCAGCUACACUUUUGUUUUACAAAACUGGAUCAUAUGUUGACCUUCUGUAUCAUCAAUAAAAAUACAGACAUGAAAACA